GGAGUGUGGAAAAUAUUAUUAGGGAGAGGGGUAAACAUCUCAUUUGUCAAUAGAAUAUAUAUAGUUAGAUCGAUAGAUAUAUGCUGGAUGCUUUGCCUCUGAGAUUUACAAAUCCAAAUGAUCAACAGUUAUUUUGAUAUCGGAUUGAUAAGCACCCAUGAGGAAUUGGUGCCCGUAACCUUUCACGUUUCCUCAUUUAUGCUUCAGAAUGAUGUGAUCGUGCGAAAUGCGGAGGGCGAACGGUGUACGGAAGUAAAUGCCGGCAAUACCACCGUACUCCCGUUAUGGGCGGCCUACCCACUUCGCCAGGCGGGCUUUAUUUCAGUGCAAAUAGGGAGUAAAUACUCGCUCAGUACUUUUCGCGAGUUCAAAACGGAUCCAUUGGCACCCAACCUGGCGGCGAAGUCGCCGUACUUUUACGAUGCGGGAUUGACGCUUUGCGCGCUGUUGGGGAAUCCGACGACAAAUGGGGGUAUGAGCGCGGAGGGAACCCGUCUCGCCUCGCAGCUCUUUCAACUCUACCGACUUCGCUAUCUCAAAGUCAUCCUCGCCGCCGCCAAAAAGGGAUUUGAUUUGAGUGAUGUGCGGGAUAAGCUGACGGAGAGUGAACGGGUACUUCUCGAUUCCUAUCUUAAAGGCCGUUCAGAUGAGUUGAUGUGGUACUCAAAUGCGAUUUGAGACUCCGCUCCUUUCCUUUUAUAGAGGACACAUCUAAAGCGUAAAUAGUGAAUAGCGUAUUGAUCAUGGGAAAUACGCAAAUACAGGCUUAGUACUGAA